CUCUCACUCUCUGUCCCUCCUCCGCUGCGCCUCCAGUGCUACCCAGUGUGUCUGAGUAGCGGGAGAUGGAGUGUCGGGAGGCCGUAGUUUCCUCCCUGAGUUGGGCUCUGAUCGCCGGCGGAGCGCUGUACCUGCUGCAGCAGACGCGGAGCCACACGCCGUACGGCCGCUACGCGCCGCCGGGGGAGAGUCGCUGCUGCCCGGCCAGACUGGGCUGGUUCCUCCAGGAGGUCCCGGCCUUCCUGCUGCCGCUGCUGCUACUGCUUUAUACCGAUGCGGAGCCGGGCAACACCGGGGACCGGAGCACCGGGAGGACGCUACUGCUCGGCACCUUCAUGCUGCACUACUUCCACAGGACCUUUAUCUACUCCUUCCUGAUGAGAGGACGGCCCGUCCCGCUGACCAUCGUCCUGUACGCAGUCAUCUUCUGCUCGCUCAACGGCUUCCUGCAGGGUCACUUCCUGCUGCACUGCGCCCGCUACGACCACAGCUGGCUGACGCACGCUCGGCUCGCCACAGGUUUUCUUCUGUUUGUUUGCGGUUUGAUCGUCAACAUCCACAGUGACCACAUCCUGCGCAGCCUGAGACGACCAGGGGAGACCAUCUACAGGAUCCCCUACGGGGGAAUGUUUGAGUUUGUCUCUGGCGCCAACUUCUUCGGGGAGAUCGUGGAGUGGUGUGGUUACGCCUUCGCCACGUGGUCGUUACCAACCUUCGCCUUCGCCUUUUUCACCGUGUGCUCCAUCGGGCCCCGAGCCCUCCACCACCACAGGUACGGUACUCUCUUCUCCACCACAGGUACGGUACUCUCUUCUCCACCACAGGUACGGUACUCUCUUCACCACCACAGGUACGGUACUCUCUUCACCACCACAGGUACGGUACUCUCUUCACCACCACAGGUACGGUACUCUCUUCACCACCACAGGUACGGUACUCUCUUCACCACCACCACAGGUACGGUACUCUCUUCUCCACCACAGGUACAGUACUCUCUUUACCACCACAGGUACGGUACUCUCUUCACCACCACCACAGGUACGGUACUCUCUUCUCCACUACAGGUACGGUACUCUCUUCACCACCACAGGUACGGUACUCUCUUCUCUACCACAGGUACGGUACUCUCUUCACCACCACCACAGGUAUGGUACUCUCUUCACCACCACAGGUACGGUACUCUCUUCACCACCACAGGUACGGUACUCUCUUCACCACCACAGGUACGGUACUCUCUUCUCUACCACAGGUACAGUACUCUCUUCACCACCACCACAGGUACUGUACUCUCUUCACCACAACCACAGGUACGGUACUCUCUUCACCGUGUCCAUCGGGUCCCGGGCCCUCCACCACCACAGGUACAGUACUCACUUCACCACCGUGUGCUCCAUCGGGCCCCGGGCCCUCCACCACCACAGGUACAGUACUCUCUUCUCCACCACAGGUACGGUACUCUCUUCACCGUGUCCAUCGGCCCCGAGCCCUCCACCACCACAGAGACUACCAGCAGAGGUUUGAAGACUACCCUCGCUCCAGGAAAGCUCUCAUUCCUUUCAUACUGUAACAACGGAGGAGAGUCGAUGGACCAGAACUGAUCGCCUGCAGCUUUGUUUCAGCUCAUUGGUUUCCUCUCACGUGAUGGUAGUCAAGCGGAGGCUUUCCACAUUCCUAGAGGAUGUUUUUGUUACAUUUGUGCCAGUUUUUGUUGUUGCAUUUUUGCCACUUUUUUCGUCACAUUUUUCAUCACAUUUUUUGGCACAUUUUUCAUCGCAUUUCUGCCACUUUUAUCAUUGCAUUUCUGUCACUUUUUUCGUUGCAUUGUUGCCAUUUUUCUUUAUCACAUUUCGCCACUU